GCAACCGCAACAAAUACUUUCUCCGGAAAACCAAGAGAAUCGCCCUAUGAACUACGACCUUUUAGCGUUAGAGGUCUGAAGAAAAGAUACAAUGAUGCUAGAUCUAGGACCGUUUUCAGAGGAGAAAUUCGAUCCGAACAAAUGGAUAAACUCGGCACCCUCAGGAUUCCCUCGACAAGCACACGGUGGAUCUCGAAAUGAAGCUCCAAAUGGUCUCCGAAGAGAUCGCCGCUUCGCUCGAGGAGCAAGGUUCUUCAGCUCUCCUCCGUGUCCCUCGCGCUACCCGUGAUGUUCUCCGUCUUCAAGACGAUGCCGUUUCUCUCCGCAAUUCUGUUGCUGGCAUCCUCGACAAGCUCAAGAAGGCAGAGGGAUCAUCGGCAGAGUCUAUAUCUGCUCUUGCUAAAGUUGACACUGUCAAUAAUGUUACUAAUUUAGUCCUAAUAUAUAUAUAUAUAUAUUGACAAUGAAACGCAAUU